AUGUCAGCCUCGGGAGGUACAGUAGGGUCACCCAAGCACCUGGGCAUUCUGGGUUUGUUGACACUCGUAAGAGAGUGUCUUCAGCAAAACCAGCUUCUUCCCUAUUGGCUGCGGCCUCCAAAACCUCCGGGCAGUCGUGACAUUCCCACCAAGGGCCAGUUCGUGCUUGGAUCUCGGCUCCCCCUAGGCGAGCGACACCCCCGCGCCCUCCCCCUCGCAUUCCGCGGCCCAUACCGCAGAAACCCCGGCCUGCCGGCGGCGCUGGCCGAGCCGUCGCUUCCAGUCCCGCUCUCCCCGCCGGCAUCCACGGGUUGCCCUUGCAGAAGCCAGCCCCGGAGGGGUCCCGGGGAGCCAGGUCCCAGCCCUGCUCCGGGCCGUCUCGGUGCUGGCUGGGCCCGUAGCUUCUUCUUUGACUUCGCCCGUGCAUCGCUAGAGGAAUCGCCGUUUGCGGGUCCUGUAAACUCUCCCACUGCCUGGCCGUGCUUCUGCCUGCUUGCGGCCACGGCAGCAGCAGGCAUUUCGGCGCACGCAGCGGCACUCGUCGCGCCUUCCGCCGUCGGGGCGUCACCCUGCUCCCCAGUCGCAGCAGACACCACCGCCGCCAGCACAGCUGGCGUCACCGGUGCCGGGGACGCAGACAGCGCCACCUCCGCGGUCUGUUCCGGAUCCGCCUCCAACCUCCUCCCCUCAGCCUCCACCUGUGCAACCCGUGGGAUGGCAGAGGGUGAAAUUGAGCCGGCGUCAAAGGCAGCGGCAGAAACCCCAGCAAACACCAGGAUAGCAGCCCUCUCCGUUGCAGGCACAACAGCAUCACCAGCCACAGACUACCCCGCCGCCGUCGUCAUCAUUCUGGGUAGCACAGCAGCGGCCAGCUCAAUCUCUGCUCCGUCGGUUUCCUUUGCCCCUUCGUCCGCAGCACCAAUUGGGGCCGGUAACGCCUCCCGCCCUGCCUCCUCCCCUCGCCGUGGUUCUUGGCGAGCCUCCAACUCUUGUCGAGCAGCGCGUGAUGCACGUGGGGACUUGCUUGACGCUCUUGUCCUUGCCGAGUCUGCCCAGGACGACCCGCUCGACCUUGUAGCCGCAGCCGCGUCUGUCCUAUACUGGCUGGACGGGCGGCUUUGUUGGAUCCUGGUUGAGUAG